GUCAAGACUGACUUCCUGAAAUGACUUUUCACUAAUUUAGUGUGUUCUGUAUAACAAAAGAGAGGAGAGGUGCAAUAAACAGUCAGAGAGCGCGACAAUGAGGUGAAUGGGAAGAUGCACAAAUGACUAAGAGUGUAUGCAGAGAGAGAGAGAGAGAGAAAGUGAGAGAGAUAGAGAGUAAGCAGCGUGGGAGGGAGGAAGUCCAACACUUCAGGACUUUCUCAUGAAGCGCUUCAGACGUCACUUAUGAGAGGAGGCAGAGGACCCUCACCACUAGUGAGGAACAAGAGGCAGAGGCAACCAGGAGGAGAAGAGCAAGUGGAGCGUGGGUGUUUUAUAUGCCAGUGGGGUGAAUGAGAGAGACCCUCCUCUGUGCGGGUCAGCCGACGAGAGAAGAUGAAGAGCCAAAUCACCAACGCCCUCUCCGACUUCUUCUUUGAGUAUGAGACCCCGCGACAGGUGCUGGUGAGGAACAGGAGGGUGGGAGUGGUGUGUCGUCUCAUCCAGCUGGGGGUCCUGGCUUACAUCAUUGGGUGGGUUUUCAUCUACGAGAAAGGCUACCAGUCCACAGACACGGCAGUCAGCUCCGUCUUCACCAAAAUGAAAGGCGUGGGCUACACCAAUGUGGAUGGAGAUGAGAGAGUCUGGGAUGUUGCCGACUAUGUCUUCCCUCCACAGGGUGACUCAUCUUUUGUGGUGAUGACAAACUAUAUCAUAACUGAGGGUCAGAGCAUGGGAAAGUGUCCAGAGCUCAAAGGCAAACACAACUGCAGCUCAGAUGCUGACUGUGAAGGAGGGAGACUCAAACGUACGGGAAAUGGGCAAAUGACAGGAGUCUGUAGGAAUGAAACAAAGACCUGUGAGGUGCUGGCUUGGUGUCCUGUUGAGGAUGAUAACAUCAUACCAGACCCUCCUCUGUUGAUGUCUGCAGAGAACUACACACUGUUCAUCAAAAAUUCGGUGACUUUCCCCUUAUUUGGUGUCACAAGGAGUAACCUGGUGGAGGGUAUUGAUGCUGCAUAUAUCAGCAAAUGCCUUCACAGUCCUGAUAAAGCUCCACUGUGUCCAAUAUUCAAACUGGGAGAUAUAGUUAAACUUUCUGGCUUUAAUUUUGAAACAAUAGCCCGAGUGGGAGGGGCCAUUGGCAUUGUGGUGGACUGGACUUGUAACUUUGAUGUGGAUGUAAAACACUGUAAACCAAAGUAUAACUUCCAUGGUCUGUAUGGAAACCCUGCUGAGACCGACAAAGCCAGAGCAUCAGUGGGCUACAACUUCAGGUAUGCAAAACAUUAUUUGGAGGAUAAAAUUCAGAAAAGGACCCUUCUCAAAGUGUUUGGGAUCAGAAUUGAUAUCAUCGUGCAAUCACUGGCAAGAAAGUUUGAUAUCAUCCCAACUUUGACAGCUAUAGGCUCUGGAGUGGGCAUUUUUGGAGUGGCAACUGUCGUAUGUGACUUGGUACUACUCUAUUUGCUGCCAAAAAGAGAAUUUUACAAGAACAUGAAAUUCAAAUAUACAGAUACACAGGCACAGCAGGACAGCGAGUCGCUUGGUUUAGACACAAGCGUCUAUUACGCCCUUGAAGCAAAUGCAAGACAAGUCCAAGGCACUGACCAGUCCAACGAGCCUGAUUCAGAGGCAGGUAGCACAGAAACUGAGAAGUGAUCUGGGGGCAAACUUUCUCAAGCCAAUAGCCGUGCUACUUGAAGGCGUACUGCACUGGAACCCCGCACCAGACCCUGCAAGACAACAGACACAAAUCCACACACUGUAAAUUGACUCAAAAGGGACUGGGACUGAAAGGGACAUAGUCAAAUGACAUUGCUCGAUGCACCCUCCAUUUCUUCUUGAUCUUCUACCAACAUCCUCCCACCUUCAAGCCACCCUGAGAGACUGUGACUGUUGCUAUUGAUGGCGUAGCAUAACUAUAUGUGUUCUUUUUUGGGGGGGUGUAGCUUGGUUUGCUUUGUUCAUACUCUUGGGUGUAGGCUUCACCUUGUAACUGUUACAGAUGAGGGAACAAUUUCUGACACUUCAGUGUUCUUGUGUGUACACAAAUCAUCCACAAGUCAUCCAUUACCUCUGCCAUGUCUUUGUCACAGCAAGAAAUACACACGUUGUGUGGAUGUGCCACUGUCAGAGUGAUUCAUCACUUGUGUGCACCUUGUGAUCAACUGUUGAACUCAAUAAAAGAUGUACAGUGAUA